CUUGAGACUGAAGGAUGCCUAUGAAUGUGGGAGAGUUUAACUCUUGCUCAGAGCAGUUGGUGCUUGGUGCCUACAAAGAACUCUCUCGACGUUGGGAUAAGGACUACGACACUUUUGUGCUGCCACUGCUGGAUGAACUGCAGCCAUGUUACAUUCUCUACCGCCUGGACACCCAAAAUGCACAGGGCUAUGAGUGGCUUUUUAUUUCCUGGUCACCUGACAACUCUCCUGUGAGGCUGAAGAUGCUUUAUGCGGCAACCAGAGCAACGGUGAAGAAAGAGUUUGGUGGUGGACACAUAAAAGAUGAACUCUUUGGAACGGUUAAGGAAGAUGUCUCACUUGGUGGAUAUCAGAAGCACGUGUCGUCCUGCUCUGCUCCAGCCCCUCUGACUGCAGCUGAACAAGAACUCCAGCAGAUCCGCAUCAAUGAGGUCAAGACAGAAAUCAGCGUAGAAAGCAAGCAUCAGACCCUGCAGGGACUGGCUUUUCCUCUGCAGCCAGAUGCACGGCAGGCCAUUCAGUUACUAAAGCAGAAGAGAAUCAAUUACAUCCAGCUGAAGCUGGACCUUGAACAGGAGACCAUAGACUUGGUCCACACAAAAGCCACUGAGAUAGCUGACCUUCCUAAAAGAAUUCCUCAGGAUUCGGCCCGUUAUCACUUCUUUCUCUACAAGCAUUCUCAUGAGGGAGAUUACCUAGAGUCAGUUGUGUUCAUCUACUCCAUGCCUGGUUACAAAUGUAGCAUCAAGGAGCGCAUGCUGUACUCCAGCUGCAAGAGCCGACUGCUUGACACUGUGGAACAAGAUUUCUGCCUAGAGAUUGCAAAGAAGAUUGAAAUCGACGAUGGUGCCGAGCUGACGGCAGAGUUCCUAUACGAGGAGGUCCACCCCAAGCAGCAUGCCUUCAAACAGGCCUUUGCCAAGCCCAAGGGGCCUGUGGGGAAAAGAGGACAGAAGCGGCUUAUCAAAGGCCCAGGCGAGAACGGGGAGGACAGCUAAACCCCGGUGGGACAGGAGGGGACGGGUCUGGGAAAGGGGCUGUGGAGGUCUGCCAGCCUCCGAAUGGCGGCUCCAACCCCAUCCACCUCUCUGCGUCUGAGCCUGUCCACUGAACUCCAGAGCCUUUUCCCAUCAACUUCUUCUUUCCAAGUCAUGUCCACCUAGUUUCAUUUUGGGGGAGGGAGGGUUGGAAUCUGGGCGGUGCGGGAGUGGAGAGGAAGAGGGGGAGCUGCGAGUGUUUUUUCCUCUUCCCUUUUGCUCUGUUGUUGUGUAAAUCCUUGGGGGAGGGGAGGGGGGUUCUUUUAUUUGUUCUAACUUUGAUGGUCCUGCUCUUGCUUCAUGUUGUGACCUGGUUUACUUGGAAUCUGCACCACUCAAAAUGACUUUGUUCAUUGUGGGUGGUUCUUACUUACAAAGAACAGAUCCUUCCCCAGGAUUGACCCACACAUGUUCUCUUUUCUCUCCUGGAGGCGGCUGAGGUGGGGCUGUCACUACACUGUUAAAAAUGCACAGACACAUGUCCAUCUUUGAAAUUUCUGUACUAUCAAUUUCAUUCCCUUACCACGGUGGCUUAUUUGCUGGGUCGUUGCAUACUAUUGGAUACUUCAGGAAUGUGUUCCAGGGAUGAAUGUAGGAGUAAGAUCUCUCCUCUCCACUCCUUUUUUUAAUUUUUAUUUUGGGUAGGGGGAUUUUCUGCCUGUAGAUUUGAUGAGGAAAGCGCUAGAGGCUAACAGGAAGUUUGUCAAAGGCCAGAGAGAGACUUUAUGUGGAUGAAGAAAAGCAGCUUGCCUUUUUGCAGCUUAAGAGGACUCCUGAGAGCUCCUCUGUGUUCUUCCGUAAGCCACCUUGACAUCAUAUUCCAGGCCUUUGUUUCACGAGUUCUGCUGCUGUUGGCCUUGUUGCUUUUGUGAAACUAUCCAUCAGAGACAGGUUGGCUAAUUCCAACAUUCUUGCUUCACUUUGAAGAGACACUGCCUUAUGCUACGGCCACCUAAGAACAGAAGACAAUUAGAAACAAAGAAUGGCCUUUGUCCUGUUAGCAGUUGUUUCACUUCCAUAGCUCAAGACUGCAGCAGUUUUUUGCCUCAAUUCCAUAUAUAUAGUCCUGGUAUGCUUCAGUGGGCUUUGCCGUGUCUGUUUUUCAUCCUGCACUGGCUUCUGGUCUUAUACUGCACCAACACACUGAGAUUUUUGUUCCGGCUUACUGUGAAAAGAGGGUUCCAAAGGGUGCCUACAACUGGGCUUUGCCUAAAGCCAUCCAACCCCUUGGUCCAGUUGUGCAUUUGCUCCUGUAUUUGGAUCACUGCUUUUGGAACACCACACCCAGCAGUUGCUGCAUCCUGGUGCUACACUGACUCCCACCUGUAGGUUCCAAUUCAAAGCACGUGUGUAUUUUAGCUGUACGGCAAUACUUUGCCAAGCCAGAGGAACAUUGGCACUUUCACAGGCUGCUGAACACUGAUUGGGUUGUCUUCUUUAUGGAAUAUACCUUGCCCACAGGGUUGUUCAUUCCCUGUGAUAGAUGUUAUUUAUGAAGAGUUUGUUGCAGAUCCAUGUCAACCAGGUGAAAAUAAAAGCUGGCACAGAAGUCUGUGGAAGAACAGGAACUGAAGGGCCAGGGAGGGAGGGUGGGAGAAGUCUUUUCAACCUGCUGCGAAGGCAAGAGGAAAACUAGAUGCUAAUAUAAUACACAGAAGGCUUCAAAUAUGAAUGUGUCCCAGACUAGGGACAUCAAAAAUUCUAGUCAACGUGUUAAUUCCAUGAGGAAUUUGAUGUGCAUGAUUAAAAUUUGCCUUCUUAACACUAGGCAGCGGUUCAGCCCACAAGAGCCAGGUUCAAAUAAAUCUGGGGUUUUUUAAUGUCUUCUUU